GUCAACAAAAUAAUCCUUUAAGUAUUCUUAACUCUUAUUAAGAACAAGUAGCAUCAGAAUAUAACUACCGAUCUUAUUAAUUCGUGUGCUCGCAUAUAGUACGCGCCCUAUUGCCAACUACCACUUAUAUUUAGUCCUAAUUCUUAGACUACGUGCUUCCUACGUACUCCGACGGAAAACACCGUGUUGAAUUAUAGCUGAAUACACUGUAUCUAGAUCUUAUUGCAACAUCGUCAAUCGACUCCACAAUUAAAGCACCUGAAAAGAAUAGUCAUAAGCCCGUUAGGAUUCUCCUCGGCUACUCCCAUUAUCCUCACAUAACGGUCAACUUUAUCUCUUGCCAUAAACAUCUUUACACAGGUAGAAUAAGUAGCCCAAAGAAGAAACUACUUGUCAGCUCAUCCCAUCAACAUGGCGCCCGCUCAGCCACCGGACAUCACCGUCAAUGAUCUGACAUACACCUUCCCCGACUACAGGACAGGCAUCCAGGGUAUAUCGCUGAACGUCCCGCCGCGCAGCCGCACCCUUCUCAUCGGCGCCAACGGCGCGGGUAAAACGACGCUGCUGCGCUUACUAGCGGGCAAGCGUCUGGCCCCCAGCGGCACCAUCAGCGUAUCAGGAGUCGACCCCUUCAAAGAGGGGCUAGAAGGAGUCACGUACCUCGGGCUAGAAUGGGUGCUCAACCCCAUCGUGCGCACCGACAUCGGGGUCGCCGAGCUCCUGCGCUCCGUCGGCGGCGACGCGUACCCCGCGCGGCGGGACGAGCUGAUCGGCGUGCUGGACAUCGACAUCGCGUGGCGGAUGCACGCGGUCAGCGACGGCGAGCGGCGCCGCGUGCAGCUGGCCAUGGGCCUCGUGCGUCCGUGGACCGUGCUGCUGCUCGACGAGAUCACCGUGGACUUGGACGUGCUGAGCCGCGCCGAGUUCCUCGGCUGGCUGAAGCACGAGACAGAGAUCCGCGAGUGCACCAUCGUCUACGCCACCCACAUCCUCGAUAAUCUCGCCGGCUGGCCCACGCACCUCGUCCACAUGCACCUGGGUACCGUGCGCGAGUGGGGGCCUACCGAGCAGUUCCUGGGCCAGGCCACGAGCACGAGCACGGGCAACAGUCGUCUUGGAGAAUUGGUGCUGGGGUGGUUGAAGUCGGACUUGAAGGAGCGGGGGCCGAGGAAUCAGAAGAAGAUGGGGACGGAGGGGUUGACGUAUUCGCAGGGGGGUCUUGGUGGGUAUGGGCUUGAGAGUAGCGAGAAGAGGAAGUAGGUCGCUUAGGCGAAAGAUUUCGGGUGGGAGAUGAGUCUAUGUUAUGGCCUGGCUUGAUGGUCUGUUGCGGGGUGAGUGGCUAGGGGUGGAUGCACUUAACUUGCAUGGCACGGCGUAUUUUCAACAUGGCGAUGGUAAAUAUACUCCACGGGUAUUUUUGCUGAGACCGGGGCGUUUAGGGAUGGAUUGGGAUGAAGUCAAUGAACUAGCAUAAAUAAUGAAGACUACCGUAGCUGUUGCGGGACGGUGGGUUAUUUGAGAUACCCUUUCAACAGGAUAGACCUAGAGUAAUACUAGGGGGUGUUGAUUAAAAUAGAUGAGGAAUAUCACUUGCAUGAUCACGGUCGAUUUGAAUAAAUAAUCU